UUCUUGUACGAGGUGCCGCCCUGGGUCAUGUGCCGCUUCUACAAAGUGAUGGACGCCCUGGAGCCCGCCGACUGGUGCCAGUUCGCCGCCCUGAUCGUGCGCGACCAGACCGAGCUGCGGCUGUGCGAGCGUUCCGGGCAGCGCACGGCCAGUGUCCUGUGGCCCUGGAUCAACCGCAACGCCCGCGUGGCCGACCUCGUGCGCAUCCUCACGCACCUGCAGCUGCUCCGCGCGCGGGACAUCAUCACGGCCUGGCACCCACCCACCCCCCUUCUGCCCCCUGGCACCAGCACCCCGAGGCCCAGCAGUCCCCCAGGACCCUCUGAGGCCGAGGCCCCCCGCCCCCGGAAGUUGCAGACGUCAGCCUCCACACUCCCCUCACCAGUUCUUCCAGGCUCCCAAACCCAUUCUGGGGCCGAGCUGGGUCCUGUCCCAAGCCCUGCUGCCCUCCAGCCACCACCACCAUAUCCAGACCCUUCCUCUAUCAAGCCUGACCCAGAGAGCCCAGGGUCCCUCCUGCACGGGGCCCGCCCCUCCCCAUUCUGCUGGCCCCUCACUGAGAUUUCCCAAGGCACCCACAACUUCUCAGAGGAGCUGAAGAUCGGGGAAGGUGGCUUUGGGUGCGUGUACCGGGCUGUGAUGAGGAACACGCCGUACGCUGUGAAGAGGCUGAAGGAGGGGGCGGACCUGGACUGGAGCGCGGUGACGCAGAGCUUCCUGACUGAAGUGGAGCAGCUGUCUCGGUUUCGACACCCAAACAUUGUGGACUUUGCCGGCUACUGUGCCGAGAGCGGCUUCUACUGCCUCGUCUACGGCUUCCUGCCCAAUGGCUCCCUGGAAGACCGCCUGCACUUCCAGGCCUGUCCGCCUCUCUCCUGGCCUCAGAGACUGGACAUCCUCCUGGGGACAGCGCGGGCCAUUCAGUUUCUACAUCAGGACAGCCCCAGCCUCAUCCACGGAGACAUCAAGAGCUCCAACGUCCUUCUGGAUGACAGACUGAUGCCCAAACUGGGAGACUUUGGCCUGGCCCGUCUCAGCCGCUUCGCGGGGGCCAGCCCCAGCCAGAGCAGCACCGUGGCCCGGACGCGGACCGUGCGCGGCACCCUGGCCUACCUGCCCGAGGAGUAUGUCAAGACGGGGAGGCUGGCUGUGGAUACCGACACAUUCAGCUUCGGUGUGGUAGUGCUGGAGACCCUGGCCGGCCAGAGGGCCGUGAGGACAAAUGGUGCCAGGACCAAGUAUCUGAAAGACCUGGUCGAAGAAGAGGCUGAGGAAGCCGGGGUGGCCCUGAAAAGCACCCAGACCGCACUCCAGGCAGGUCUGGCCGCAGACGCCUGGGCUGCCCCAAUCGCCGCCCAGAUCUGUAAGAAGCACCUGGACCCCCGGCCCGGGCCAUGCCCCCCUGAGCUGGGCCUGGCGCUGGGCCAGCUGGCUUGCUGCUGUCUGCACCGCCGGGCCAAGAGGAGACCCCCCAUGACCCAGGUGUAUGAGAGUCUGGAGAAGCUGCUAGCAGCCGCGGCAGGGCCGGCGCUGGAGCCCCAGGAGAGCUCCUAUGUCUUCAUGACCAGCAGCACCCCGAGCGCUGCCGGCCCCCGGCGGCCCCCCGCGGUUCCCCCAGGAGCCCCAGCCCAGGCUCCAGACUGGCUCCAAAAAGGCCCCAACCAGCCCGUGGAGAGUGACGAGAGUGUGUCCGGCCUGUCCACUGACCUGCAUUCCUGGCACCUGAGCCCGAACAGCCCCCCAGGCCUGGCUUUGCCGGGCAGCCCCGGGCAAGGGGCCGCCGGGCGGGCCUCGGCACCCUUCGGGAAGGCCAGCAGUACUCAUGGGGAUGCCACCCAAGCGUCGAGCUGGGGGAGUGGCCAAGGGCCCCAGCUGACAGCUAUGGAAGGGUCACUCUCGGGCAGCUCUCUGUCAUCGCAGCCUCCGCAGAUCGUCAUCAACCCAGCCCGGCAGAAGAUGGUGCGGAAGCUGGCCCUGUAUGAGGACGGCGUCCUGGACAGCCUGCAGCUGCUGUCGUCCGGCUCCCUGCCAGGCCUCGGCGGGGAGCGCGCCGACAGGCAGGGGCCGGAAGAGAGUGACGAAUUCCAGAGCUGAUCCGCUCACCUGGCAGAUUCCCCAAACCUGGAAGUCAAAGUUCUCAUAGUUAGAAGUUCUCAUGGCUCUCGAGUCCUCGGCAGCCCGUGGGCGGAGGUGGGUGGGGGUCUCCUCCUCACAGGGGACAGCAGGCACAGGCUGGGCCCAGAGCCGCCCGGGCUGGCCGCCACAAGCCGUCGGUAGGGUGGGACCCCGGCGUCUGGGGGGCAGGCAAGCUGCUCUCACCCGAGGGGUGCAGAGCUGUGGGAGGAAGGCCGGGGAAGAGAGGUGAGCGGGGGUGGCGGCACAGUCAGCCAGAGCCGGCACCCCUCGGAACCGGGCAGCGCGGCCCUUCCCCGAGGACCCUGCCGAAGCCCGGGGCGGAGGGUCCGCCCUGUGAGCCCGAGCGGGUGGGGCUGGGUGCCCUCCCAGGCACUUGUGAUUUGGUAAAGCCAGGUGUGGCCACCCCGUGGUUCAGUUCACCGGCUGGAAAGGGAGUUUGGAGAGAGCCCAGCAGAAGCCCCUCGUCGGGCUGGGGUCCGUGGGCUUCACCCAGGACCUGGGAGCCAGCCGAACACGACCGCGUGAUAGUCAGGGCCACCCGGGGUGCGCCUCCCGACGGGUACCAGGCCGCAUCCGGCUCCAGAGGCCACGGGCUCGGCCUCAGGCCCGGGCACUGACUGUGACAGACGGGCUGCUAACCCCAGGCUGGGCUAAGCCCAAGCCCUGUGCAAGCUGGACAGCGAGGAAGGAGCCCUGGGAAGGCGGGACGCUGGAGCCGAGGCGGGAGGGAGGAAGAAGAAACUGAGGCUCACGAUUUUAAAGGCAGGGUUCAUGUAAUCGUGUGUCUUUGCCAGUAGCUCAGGCUUACAGUGAUUUUGUGUCUGCGGCCAUGAGUCACACUACACGCCCCACGAAGCUAGGCAUUGGUGAAGUCCAAGUUGUCCUGGAGAAAUAAAAGCUCAAGUUUCGAUCUCUGCCUCUACUUGUGCCGUGUUUUGCCCUGACAGCCUUCGUUUUUCCGAUGCUUUUCGUCUCGGGGUUCAUAAAUAUCCAACCCAGAACGUCGGACACACCCCCCUGCCCCCCAAAAGUCCCCUGGAGCCUCUGGUUUCCAUGCCCAUGUAUUUUAUGGGCUUUGAUGCCACUGUAAAUGGUAUCUUAUUCCAUUUGUAAUUGAUCAUUGGUAGUUUCUGGAAAUGCAGUUGAGUUUUGAAUAAUGGCAUUGCAUUAUGAUCCUUGCUUAAACACACUUAUUAGCUCUAAUGGGCUUUUCAUUUUGUAUUCUUUUGGUGCCAAAGCCAAGGAAUGACCCAAGCUCUCGUCAUUUUGGGGGCAAAUACCUUGCAAUAGUCUACGUACACAGUCUGUAAUUCCGAAAAUAAAGACAGUUACUGCUUCUUU